AUGCACGUUUUCAAGGAUGAUAACAUUGUUUUGGCUGAAGCUAACAAACCCUGUGUUGAUAACACUGCCUGUAGUUUACCUGAGGCUUUGAUGGCCUCACCCUCUGUUGCAGAUGGAAUUUCCUGCAUCUGUUCUGUAACUAGCAAUGAAGAAUUUUUUGGAACUGAUACAGAUAUGGCUGAAAGGAGGGAUAAACAUUCAGGGCUCAGUGUAACUGCAACAUGGAUGCCUGCAGACACUGAGCUUGUUUCGAAAGCCGGGUCAUGUCCUGAUGCCAUUGCCAAAUACAUUUAUGCUGGUAAGAAACCCGAUAAUUUUCUGUUAACUGAUGUUAGGAAGCAUCUUCUAUAUCAGGGAUGGAAAAUGGAGUCUAAGCAAGAUGGAAAACUUAUCAGAAGGCGAUACGUCUCACCUACUGGGCACCUUUAUUACUCUCUUUAUCAGAUCUGUUUAGAUCUAACCAAUCACUCAAGAAAGCAUAUUUGUUUAAACAUCAAAGAUGUACAUGUUGAACCAAACGUCAACCAUCUAGGUGUUGUUGAACCAAACAUCAGGGGACUUUUUGUUGAACAAGAAUAUUUCCCUGAAGCUGUUUUGGACUGGUCUAUGGCUGAAUUGGAUAUGAUUCGCAGAUGCAAGAGAAGUUAUAUGACACUAAAGGCAAAAAAGCAUCUCUCAUGGCUGGGUUGGGCGUUUCACUAUGCUUCCAGUAAUGGAAGGCGCUAUUUGUACUACACUUCACCAAGAGGAAGGAUGUACCAGUCACUUCGGGAAGCCUGCAAAAACUGUAUAAAAGGUGGAGUUUCUCAAACUGAUGCUACUCCUAGAACAGUGGAAAAGAUUAAUGCUGUUGAGGAGAUUGAAUGUCAGUCAGCAAGUGAAAAGCUUUCUUCUGCACUUGCAAUUGUGGAUAUACAGAGAAGCUCGAUGCCAUCAAAUACCGAAUCUGGAAACUGGUCCAAGAAGUGUUAUUCAAGAUGUGAGAGAAGAAAUGGUGUUGAGCAAAGUAGAGUCAAUCAGAGAAAUCAAAAGCCUAAAAGGAAGAGAAGGGAUAGUUCAUCAUAUCUUGCGUUUGACUUAAAAAAAGGCCGAGCUGACUUACCCGUUAAAUACACUAACAUCUCAAGAUUGAAAGGUGAAAAGUCACCUGCGACAUUGGUCAAACUAAGAGAGAAUCUUAAAGGUAGUCAACAUAACCAUGUUCUACGAUCAACCAAAAGAGUGCAGCAGAUUGUAACUCCUAGUUCACUGCGUCAAAGUCCACGAACUGCGAUGUAUUGGUUAAUAGAUAAAAAUAUUAUUUUGCCAAAGUCAAAAGUACAUUACUGGAGGAAGGGACAGAGGUUGAAAGCAGAAGGGAGGAUAACUCGUAAUGGAAUUAUGUGCAAAUGUUGUGGCAAGGUAUACAGUCUUGGUGGUUUUGUAGCACAUGGUGGCGGUGACAACCACAGACCAGCUGCCAAGAUAUUCUUGGAAGAUGGAAGGUCUCUGUUGGACUGCCAGAUGCAAGUAAUACAAAACAGUAGAGUGAAGUUUGGAAAAAAGAAGAAUUCCCAGUUGACACGCAAUUGCCGAAUGGACAAGAACGAUGACAUUUGUUCUGUUUGUCAAUAUGGGGGUGAACUGAUUUUAUGUGAUCAAUGUCCAUCCUCAUUCCAUAAAAACUGCCUUGGUUUAAAGACUGUUCCAGAUGAUAAUUGGUUCUGUCCUUCAUGUUGCUGUGGGAUUUGUGGUCAACACAAACUUAAAGAUGGUGCAAAUAUGGUGGAUAACAGACUUUUAUCUUGUGCUCAGUGUUUGCAUAAUAUCAUGUUGGCUGCAUAAGCAGUGCACGGGCAGAUAGGUUGGAAAUAUGUGCAAAAGAAAAUUGGUUUUGCCGCAAAAAGUGU